AUGGAUCAGCAACGAUUCCUGCAGCAGCUGCAAAUCGUUCUUGACCCUACUCAGGGCAACGUUAAGGAGGCCACCGGUAUCCUCCAGCGCGAGUACUAUAAGCACCCCGAGUCGCUCGUGCUCCUCAUCCAGGUCGCGACUGGCCACGAUGACCAGCAGCUGAGGCAACUCGCUGCUGUCGAGGCUCGCUCUCUGGUUGGCAAGCACUGGGCUAAGGUUCAGGCUGGUCAGAAGCCCGCCCUCCGCGAACAGCUCCUUCGCUCCGGUGUCAGCGAGGCCAACGACCUCGUCCGCCACUCUGUGGCCCGCGUUAUCUCCGCCGUCGCCAAGGUCGAUUUGGAGGAUGGCGAGUGGGCUGACCUGCCCAACUUCCUGAUGCAGGCCGCCAACAACGGAAACAAGGAUGAGCGUGCUGUGUCUCUGUACAUCCUCUUCACCAUUCUCGAGACUCUCGGCGAGGGCUUCGAGGAGAAGUUCCAGGACCUGUUCGUGCUGUUCGGCAAGACCAUCCGUGACCCUGAGAGCGCCGAUGUCCGCAUCAACACUCUCCUUGCUCUUAGCAAGCUUGCCAUGUACCUCGACUCCGCUGAGAACAUGGGCUCCGUCAAAGCGUUCCAGGACCUCGUUCCCUCUAUGGUUGCUGUUCUCAAGGACGCCAUUGACCAAGGCGAGGAUGACCGCAUCAUGCAGGCCUUCGAGGUUUUCCAGACCCUGCUUGGUUUCGACCCCGCUCUCCUGACUGUUCACCUGAAGGACCUGGUUCUCUUCAUGAACGAGAUUGCCGCGAACACCGAGGUCGAUGAGGACACCCGUACUCAGGCUAUCAGCUUCCUCAUGCAGACUGUUCAGUACCGCAAGCUCAAGAUCCAGGGUAUGCGUCUUGGUGAGCAGCUCGCCCGCACUGCUCUGCAGAUUGUCACCGAGCUUGGCGAUGCCUCUCCCAGCGACGACGAUAUCACCCCCGCUCGCUCUGCUCUCGGUCUCCUUGACAUGCUUGCCCAGAGCCUGCCUCCUAGCCAGGUCGUUGUUCCUCUGCUCAACACUCUUGGCCAGUACUUCAACAACUCCAACCCUGACUACCGCCGCGCCGGUAUCAUGUCUCUCGGCAUGGUUGUCGAGGGUGCUCCUGACUUCAUCAGCACUCAGAUGAAGGAGAUCAUGCCCAUGGUUCUGCAGCUUCUUGCUGAUCCCGAGCUCAAGGUUCGCCAGGCUACUCUCCACGCCGUUGCCCGCCUGGCCGAUGACCUCACUGAGGACCUCAACCGCGACCACGAGAAGCUCAUGCCUCUGCUCUUCAAGAAUCUUGCCAGUGCUAUGGCCGAGUCCAAGGGCGAGGAGGAGGGCCCCACCGUCGACAUCAUGAAGGCUGGUCUCAGCGCCAUUGAUGCUGUCGUCGAUGGUCUCGACGAGAAGGACGUUGCUCCUUACCAGAGCGAGCUGGUCCCUAUUCUUCACCAACUCUUCAAGCACCCCAACUACAGAAUCAAGGGUCUCUCUGCCGGUGCCCUUGGCUCUCUCGCCUCUUCCUCUGGUGAGGCUUUCCUCCCUUUCUUCGACGACUCUAUGCACCUCCUCCAGGAGUUUGCUGCCGUUAAGGACAGCGAGGAGCAGCUUGACCUCCGUGCUAGCGUCACCGAUGCUAUGGGUGAGAUGGCCGCUGCUGCCGGUCCUGAGCGCUACCAGCCCUACGUUGAGCCUCUUAUGCGCGCUACUGAGGAGGCUCUUCACCUUGGUCACUCCCGCCUCAAGGAGAGCACCUACAUCUUCUGGGGUGCCAUGGCCAAGGUCUACAGCGAGCACUUUGCUACCUUCCUUGACGGUGCUGUCAAGGGUCUCUUCAACUGUCUUGAGCAGGAUGACGACGACCUUGAGCUCUCUCUCGGUGAGGCCGCCAAGGACCUCAUUGGCCAGGAGGUGACCGUUGCCGGCCGCAAGGUCAAGGUUGCCAGCGCCGGUGAUGACGAUGACGAGCCCGUUGGCGAGGAUGGUGAGAUCGAGGACGUUGACCUCGACGAGGAGGACGACUGGGAUGACAUAACCGCCACCACUCCCUUGGCCCUCGAGAAGGAGAUUGCCAUUGAGAUCAUCGGUGACCUGGUUACCCACACUCGCAGCGCCUACCUUCCCUACUUCGAGAAGACCAUCGAGAUGGUUAUGCCUCUUGUUGAGCACCCUUACGAGGGUGUCCGCAAGGCUACCAUCAGCACCAUGCACCGCUCCUACGCCAUGCUCUUCACCAUUGCUGAGGAGUCUGGUCAGAUGCCCAAGUGGAAGCCUGGUCUUCCCCUGCAGGUUGAGCCCGCCAAGGAGGUUAAGAAGUUCGGUGAGAUCCUCAUGACUGCUACCAUCAAGAUGUGGACUGAGGAAGACGACCGAUCUACCGUCGCCGACAUCAACCGCAACAUGGCUGAGAACCUCCGCUUCUGCGGUCCUGCCCUCAUUGCCAACGAGACCACCCUGCACAACGUCAUCCAGAUGAUCACCGACAUCAUCACCAAGAAGCACCCUUGCCAGCUCGAGUUCGCCGAGGAGGAUGACGACGCUGGUGAGGAGACUUCCGAGUUCGACUGGAUCGUCGUUGACACUGCCCUCGAUGUCGUCUCCGGUAUGGCCGCCGCCCUUGGUGAGAGCUUCGCCGAGCUCUGGAAGGUCUUUGAGAAGACCGUCCUCCGCUACGCUGGCAGCACCGAGUCCAUCGAGCGUGCCACCGCUGUCGGUGUCCUUGCUGAGUGCAUCAACGGCAUGGGUCCCGCUUCUACCCAGUUCACCCCUGGCUUCGCCAAGCUCCUUGUCCACCGUCUGAGCGACGAGGACCCCCAGACCAAGUCCAACGCUGCCUACGCCAUCGGCCGUCUCGUCGAGCACUCCAACUCGAACGAGAUCGUCAAGGAGUUCCCCACCAUCCUUACCCGCCUUGAGCAGUGCCUUCACCAGGACGUCUCCCGCCUUCAGGACAACGCCACCGGCUGCCUGUCCCGCAUGAUCCUCAAGCACCGCGAGAGCGUCCCCAUCAAGGACGUCCUCCCCGUCCUUCUCAACAUCCUCCCCCUCAAGAACGACUACGAGGAGAACGAGCCUCUGUUCCGCAUGAUCUGCCAGAUGUACAAGUGGGAGGACCCCACCAUCCGCGAGCUGACUCCUCAGUUCCUCCCCGUCUUCCAGUCCGUCCUCUGCGGUGACGCCGACCAGCUCGAGGACGAGCGCCGGGCCGAACUCAUCGAGCUCGUCAAGUGGCUGAACCAGAUGCAGCCUGGUGCUGCCCCCUGGGCUGAGCAGCUGUAA